CUUUUCCUACUAAACGCUCCCAUCCCUCCUCCCGUUCCCUCGAUCUCUGCCUCCUCCCCCCACCGCCGGAGAAGGUCGCCGCCGGCGAGCGAGCGCGCCCGCCGGAGUUGUAGCCGCCUCUCUCCCCCCCGCGGCAGCCUGACGCCUUCACGCAGCGUGAUCUCCUUCCCCCCCUACCGCUGGCGGGGAUCCGUGCUCUGUCGGUCGAGUGCAGACUGAUCUUCUAAUAUUUUUCAUAGUUCUGCUAAAGUUGAAAUGUGACAGACUGACAGUGCCAUGGUUCAGUUGGUGGACUGGUGAACUGAAACUUAUUGCUUGGUGCUAGUGUGAUGGCGUACGAGAUUAGCGAGAUCAAAAAAAUUGGCAUAGGCCUGGUGGGCUUUGGCAUCCUAUUCUCAUUCUUUGGCGUUAUCCUUUUCUUUGAUAGGGGCUUGUUGGCGUUGGGUAAUAUUUUCUUCUUGACUGGAAUCGGCUUGUUGCUUGGUUGGCAAUCUAUGUGGCAGCUUUUCACAAAGAAGGCAAACAUUAAGGGAUCUGUUCCUUUCUUCCUUGGUCUGUUUCUUCUCUUUGUCCGAUGGCCUGUUGCUGGCAUAAUAAUGGAGCUAUAUGGAUCUUUUGUUCUCUUCAGUGGUUAUGGACCUCCUAUCCAGGCCUUCCUAUACCAGAUUCCAGUCAUUGGAUGGAUUCUGCAAUACCCAUUCCAGCUGUUUGGUCAGUUCAGGCGUAAACGUGCAUGACAACUCACGGCAGAAAUUACCCUUCGUACGGGAGCAUAUUUUGUGAUGUUAAUACGGAAACCUGCUGUGUACCAUCUGCCACGAUGCAGUUUAAUUCUUGUGUGCAUAUUCAUACUUUCGCCUUUCUAAUCUGGAGUUUAUCUGGCUUUUGCUCAUUUUGCUAACUGGCAGUAGUUUAGUGUUCAUAUAUAGACGAUGUAGAGGCUUCAAAUGAUUGUUGCUAGAAAUUUGGGAUCUGGGUUUAGCAAAACAUGUGGAUCUUUUAGCCUAUUUCUAACAAAUUGUGAGCCAGUAACUAUUGCUUGAAAGGUCUUACACCGAUGAUUCUUCCAAA